AUGUCAAAAUUCGCCACCGCCACCGCGCGAGUCAUCAAAGGGGUAGCUCGUGUGCGCCCGACGAGAGCGGCGCUGACGUUGACGCCCGAAGCGAUUUGCCGAGUCAAGGAGUUGUUGCAAAAAGAGCCGGGAGCGCUAGCUUUGAAGGUCGGUGUUCGGCAACGCGGAUGCAAUGGGCUCACAUAUACGCUCGACUACGCGAAAGAGCGGGGACGAUUCGAUGAAGAAGUCGAACAGGAUGGAGCGAAGAUUUGGAUUGAUACGAAAGCGCAACUUUCUCUCCUUGGCACUGAAAUGGACUUUAUCACGGACAAGUUGACAAGCGAAUUCGUCUUUCGCAAUCCGAACAUCAAGGGCACGUGCGGGUGUGGGGAAUCGUUUAGUUUA